AGUUGACUUUUAGUGUUCAGUACGUGGCCAAACCUUCGAGAUGCAACUGCUCUGCCUAAGCCUAUUCCUCCUCCUGCUUCUGCAGCCCCCGAACUUCUGCCAAUCGAAGCGCUUGUUUGGACCCCAUUCCGCGGGAUUAUCGGGUAGGAUUAAGGGUGGCGAGGAGGCUGAGAUUGGAUUUGCUCCAUAUCAGGUUUCCCUGCAACCCAUUGUGGGUUCCCACAACUGCGGUGGUGCUAUACUAAACGAACAAUGGAUCAUCACCGCCGGUCACUGUGUGGAGAACUAUAUUCCCGCCCGGGUCAACGUGAUCACGGGCACGAAUAAAUGGGCAGAGCCGGGGGGCAUCUACUACACCGAAGAGAUUCACAUGCACUGUAUGUACGACCAGCCCUAUAUGCAUAACGACAUCGCUCUGGUGAAGCUCACCCAGAAUAUCACCUUUAACGAGCUGACCCAACCCAUCGAUCUGCCCAAUAGACCGGUGCGUUCUGGCGACGAGAUCGUCCUAACGGGUUGGGGCGCCCAGGAGGCCUACGGUGGAUCGGUGGAGAACCUGCAGAAGUUGACCCUGGGCUUUGUUCCUCUGGACGAGUGCUACGAUAUCUUUAACCAAACCAGCAGCAUGGGUGUGGGUCACAUCUGCACCUUUUCGCGCGAGGGCGAGGGAUCUUGUCACGGCGAUUCCGGUGGUCCGCUGGUCAGCAAUGGGCACCUGGUGGGACUGGUCAACUGGGGAAGGCCCUGCGGUGUGGGAUUCCCCGAUGUCCAGGCCAAUGUGUACUACUACUUGGACUGGAUUCGCAGUAAGAUCAGCGGCAACGACAGGUGCUACUACUAAAUGAUUUACUGCUUACAAAAA